UUCGUUGGCAACAAUGAUUCCAGCUGUCAGUGUAAAUAAAAAGUGAGGUUAUUUUUGUUUUUUAUGAAUUUGUUUUUAAAUAAAAAUAUUUAAGUUUCCAAUUGUGUUAUUAAAAAUGCAAAAUUAGUUAUUCAACAAUGAAAAUAUGAUAAAUCUAGAAUGGAAAGUGAACACCAUGAAAAAUCUUCUUUUUGGAAGAAAAAUGUCAAAUCUGUAGCUGGAAGACCAAGUCCUAAAAGAGAUGCUAAAGAUGUUAGGAAAGCACCCGGUUCGACGUCAUUUCAAGAUUUUCAAGCAUCAGUUAGUGACGCCUGGGAUUUGGAUGACGACGAAUUUUGCGUUAUUUCUGGUCUAGAAAAUACAAAAAUAUCAAAAAAAGUUUCCCAAUCUGCAGCUUUAAAUGUACUGAAUAGUCAUAGAAACACGACUGAAUCUGAAUCUUCUUUGGAUAAAAAAAGUAGCAAAAAGCAGAAUAUCGUUGGACUGGAAUCAAUUAAAACCAGUCGAAUACCAGGGCCGGGCCGACCCAAGCCGAUCCUUAGAAUAAAUACUGAACAAGAGAGUGUGGAAAAUAAAUUAGAACGAUUUCAGACUCUUCUAGAAAGUUCAACAGAUCUGCAUGAAUUAAGCGGACUCAGUUGGUCCGGCAUACCAGCCAAAGUAAGAGGUAUUACUUGGAGAUUAUUAUCAGGCUAUCUUCCAAUGAACAUAGAGCGUAGAAACGAAGUAUUAGAAAGAAAAAGACAAGACUACUGGUCGUUGGUCGAGAAAUAUUAUUAUACGGAACACGAUGAAACAAACCGUGAUAUACAACACCAAAUUAACAUAGAUGUGCCAAGAAUGAACCCUUCAAUACCGCUGUUUCAGCAGAAAACUGUGCAAAUAAUGUUCGAACGUAUUUUAUUCAUUUGGUCGAUACGCCAUCCGGCCUCCGGUUACGUCCAAGGUAUUAACGAUCUUGUUACGCCUUUCUACAUAGUAUUUUUGCAAGAAUUUUUAAAGAAUGAUGAACCUUUUGAGAAGUGCUUCGUCGAUCAAUUAACUGUAGAACAACGAAAAAUCGUGGAAGCAGACUCGUUUUGGUGUUUAUCCAAGUUCUUGGAUAGCAUACAGGACAAUUACGUUUUCGCACAAAUAGGUAUCCAAAAAAAAGUGCUACAACUCGAAGAAUUGAUAAAAAGAGUGGACGAAACGUUACACAAACAUUUAAAAGAACACAAUGUUAGCUAUUUACAAUUCUCGUUCAGGUGGUUGAAUAACUUGCUAACUAGAGAACUGCCAUUGAGAUGUACCAUCCGUUUGUGGGAUACCUAUCUGGCCGAGAACGAUUGUUUUGCGACAUUUCAGUUGUACGUUUGCGCCGCGUUCCUUUUAUAUUGGAAAGAACAAUUAAUGCAACAACAAGACUUCCAAGGACUGCUGUUGUUGUUGCAAAACCUUCCCACUCAGUCCUGGACUAGUUCUCAAAUAAGUUUAAUGGUUGCAGAGGCCUACAAACUCAAAGUUAUAUUCGCAGACGCUCCCAACCAUCUUUUAAGUAAUAACUCUGGUGAUAGUUGAAUUCGGUUAGAUUUUUAUUGAUAUUACAAUGUGUCCAAUGUUAUAUUUUUUGUAUCGGG